UGUUAAGGUUAAAUUGCACUGUUCAGGAUCUCUUGCUGUCACAUCAGGGUAUCGGUAAGACAUUCAGACAUCCAGUUUAAAUUUUUAUGAUACACACAACACAAAAUUAUGAGCACUGGACCUGGGCUAUGACUGUAUUUGAAGGUGUGAUUGAUUGGUAUUGAGGCACAUAACCCUUGGGAAUUGUCUGUGCUGUUUCAGUAAAUUAACAGUUCUGGUCUAGGUGGGGAACUGCCAAUGGGGAGGGGUACAGUUACCCUAUACUGUACCUAUGUCCUUAACCUCAUUGGCCUUAAGGUCAGUGGACAGCAGUGAUGGACAGGUCAAAGGACAAAUCAUGACCUGUAGUCUAAUUAUAUGGAUGUGGUCUUGGUGAUUUAUGGCUAGCAUUGAUGUAAUAUUACUUCACAGUAGGAGUUGAAAUUAGGGGGGAUGGUCAGCACAGGAAACAGACAAUGAAAUCUCAAACAUGUGGCCCUUUUAUACAGACAGAGACAUGUUCAGUUAUACUUACAUACUUGUAAGAAAAACAGCAACAUGAAGAAAUUAUUUUGUUUCAGCCGAGGUGUUUAAUAGUGGGAUGGCUCCCAGUAACCGGGAAAUGAUAGUUCAGUGUGACCCUGAAGAACAAGCUGGAAGACAGACCCCCCAGAAAGCAGGUCAGGGGACAGCACGUUGCAAUCUCUAUAUCUUGGGCACCAUCUGUGUGGUGCUGCUGAUCGCUGGGGUGUGUGCAGGGACAUCAAUGUGGAAAAAUAUCAGCUCCAAAAUUGAGGAACAAAUGAACAACCUGAAAAACCUUCAGCAGUUUGUAUUCGAGAUUACAAGAUGGAGGCAGUUUGGCAGCAAAUUCUACUACUUUUCCGAGACUAAAUCCACCUGGGAGAAGGCAAGAGAGCAGUGUGUAGCCAUGGGCGCUACUCUCGCUAUGGUGAAAACAAGGGAAGAGAUGGAAUUCCUUGCAAGAGUAAAUACUGGACGUCACUGGCUGGGACUGAGUGACACUGGUGCUGAGGGAACCUGGAAGUGGUUGGACGGUACUUUUCCUGCCAAAGAGCUGUGGCUUCCAGGUGAGCCAAAUAAUGAUCUUGAGGAAAACUGUGGCGAGAUGCGCGGACGGCUGAAUGAUGCUCCGUGUAACAUCCAGAAACCCUGGAUCUGUGAAAGGAGUGCAGUAAUAUAGGAUACCCAGCAUGCAUGUCACCGUAUGAAAUGCAAACUGAAUGAGACCCCCAGAGUUCUUUCCAUUCGUUGUUUUUUUUUGUUUUACUGAUGAACGCUUGGUGAAUUUCAUUUAUGUAUUUUCAUUUAAUCUGUCACCAUACUGCUUCUUCUCACACCACUGGCUACAGCUAAGCUUGCACAGAGUGGAGUUAGAGGAGGACCUUUCACAUGCAGGGUAUGACGUGUCGUUUUACAGGCACCUGAUAAACCAGCAUGGAUCAGAAGAGAGUGAUAAAAUGUGGGCACUUAACCAAUUGAACCUUUCUAUACCCUGGGCAAUGAAAUCACCAAUUGUGCAUCUCCCUAUGGAGAUAAAGUACAGAGUCAGCAUUGAAACUCAUGAUGAAUUUGUCAACAUAUGCAUAUUUAUAAAAAUACUUACUCCAUGUUUGUCCUAUC